CUUGAUCUUCUGGGAUGUCAGCAGAAGAAGUGGAUGGCGUUGUGGAUUAAUUAUAAGUUAAUUUUUAUUUUGUCCUCUCCAUACUCAUCGUGAAUAGUCAUUAUAAAAUGGAUGCUUUGGGCAGUCUCCUUCCUCCCGUGGCUGGAAAUGGUGAUAUGGCUAAUUCAGAAGAAUUACAAAAACUUCUGAUGGAUGAAAAAUUGCGAUGUGAACACCAUAAAGCAAAUUAUCAAAUCAUAAAGACAGAACAUCUAAGAUUACAGGAGAAAUAUACAAAAUCACAAGAUGAACUGAAGCAGCUGUUAGUUGAAAAGCAGACUGUACAUGACAAAUUUCAGUUACUUCUUGCUGAAUAUCAAGAGGAGUUGCUGGGUAAAACACAGGAGCUGGAAAAACUGAAGAUGCAGGUGCUAACUCCUCAAAAAUUAGAACUGUUAAAAGCACAAAUACAGCAGGAAUUGGAAUCUCCUAUGACAGAACAUUAUCGGAAGCUAGAAAAUGAAGUGGAAAAAUACAGAACAGAAUAUAACAAACUUCGUUAUGAACAUACUUUUCUGAAAUCAGAAUUUGAACAUCAAAAGGAAGAACAUGCACGUAUUUUAGAAGAGAAGAAAAUAAAAUAUGAGUCUGAGAUUGCAAGGCUGGAGAAGGAUAAAGAAGAACUCCAUAAUCAGCUGCUGAGUGUUGAUCCCACGAGGGACAGUAAACGCGUGGAGGCACUCUCUAGAGAAAAGGCACAACUGUAUCAGAAAUUAAAAGGCUUAGAAGCAGAAGUAGCAGAACUAAGAGCAGAAAGAGACAAUUGUGGUGUGCAAGCAGAAAAUGUUCAAAGAGUACAAGUACGACAGUUAGCUGAGAUGCAGGCUAUGACAAGGUCUCUAGAGGCAGAAAAGAAGUCUGCUGAACUACAGAUUGAUCGAAUUGAGAAGGAACUGCGGAUGAGUCAUGAGCAAAACAUUCUCUUAACUACCAAACUUCACAAAUCUGAACGAGAAGUCAAUGCCUUAGCUACUAAAGUAGAAGAACUUAAACAUUCACAUAAAUUGGAAGUAACAAAUGUCAAACUGGAGGCAGCAAGAACAAAGAGUGAGGUAGAAAGAGAGAGAAACAAGAUUCAAAGUGAAAUGGAUGGAUUGCUGUCAGACAAGGAAAUUCUUAAGGCAGCUGUUGAACGUCAUAAGGUGCUUUUAGUAGAAAAGGAUCGGGAGAUAAUUCGUAAAGUGCAAGCUGCCAAAGAGGAAUUUUUUGAAAAAAUUGCAGCCUUACAGGAUGAAAAGUUAGAACUUGAGAACAGAUUAGCUGAUCUAGAGAAGAUGAAAAUGGAACAAGAUACUUGGAGACAAUCUGAAAAGGAUCAGUAUGAAGAGAAACUACGUGUUGUACAGAUGGCGGAAGAAUCUAGCAAAAAGGAACUUCAGCGUUUGCGAUUAAAAAUUCAACAGCAAGCUAUUCAGACAGAGGAAUUGGAAGAAAAGAAACGUGAAAGUGCUGAUCUGAAACAGCAAGUUCAUGACAUGCAACUCCAGCUUGCCUCACUUUCCCAAUCAGAAAAUGAUUUGCUGGAGUCUAAUCAGAAGCUGAAGGAAAUAAUAGAGAGAUUGAAACAAGAAUGUCAACAUGCAAGGACUCAGGCAGAAAAAGCUCAACUGGAAACAGAGAAGACUUUAGAAUACAAACGUAUAGAAUGGCUGGAGGAGAAGCAUGUGCUUACUCAGCGCAUCACAGAGAAAGAAGAGAAAUACAACCAAGUGAAGAACAAGCUAUGUCGAGCUGCUGUUGCUCAAAAAAAGAGAAAGACUCUCAAUGAUAAUAAACAAAGGAGGAUGCAAGAGAAACUAGAACUUUUGGAAGCCAAGAUAGAAGAACUAGAAAAAGAAAAUCAGGUGUUAAAUAGGCAGAAUGUUUCCUAUGAAGAAUAUGCACGCCUCCAGAAGAGACUAAAGGACUUGCAACGUAGGCACAAUGAAUUCCGGAGUUUAAUUCUGAAUCCUAACAUACCGUCACUCAAUCCAGUCAGUAUAAUGUCAUCAUCUGCCUUGCCUCCUGGUCUUGAAGUGUCCUUCCCUCUUCUUCAGGAGGAACAGCAUCAAAGAGAGCUUUCCCUGCUUCGCAAGCGGUUGGAAGAACUAGAAACCACACAGAGAAAACAGCUGCAAGAUCUUGGACCAUCUAGAGAGCGAGCAACGGUGGGUGCAUACAGGGACUUGGCUAGAACCAAGAAUGCUGGAGAAGGUGAUGCACAAAGCGAGGACUCCAAAGGCUGCGGCCUUGCUUCUACCAAAGCACGGUUAAUGUUCGCCGGCACCAGCCGGCCGCAUGCCAGGACACCGUGCCUGGUCCCGGCACAGCCCCGGCACAGGCUUUCUAUACCAAACUUGGGCCGCCUCUGCCCUUCACAGCCCGUGGCACUGCCAAGGCAGGGGACAGCUCUUCCCUCUCCCGUGGGCCACUGCGCUACGCCGCUCGCCUCCCAUGGUGGAUCCCUCUGGGAACGUGUGGAAACGUAUCUCCGUCUCGUCAACACCUUACCUCAGCUCUAA